AUGAUGAGUCUAAAACAUCAAGAAAUAAAGGGAACUUUAUGGAGAUGCUCGAAUGGUACAGAAAGAAGGAUCCUAAGGCUGCACUUGUGACUGGUGAAAAUGCUCCAGGGAAUAAUCAAAUGAGUAGUCCAAUGGUUCAGAAAGAUUUGGCUAGGGCUUGUGCAGAGGAGACAAGUGAGUUAAUUAAAAGUGAAAUAGGAGAUCGUUGUUUUGCGGUUCUUGUCGACGAGGCUCGUGAUGCAUCUAUUAAGGAACAAAUGGCUGUGGUUGUGAGGUUUGUCAAUGAUAAAGGAAGUGUGAUUGAGAGGUUUCUUGGCAUUGAACAUGUAGCUGACACCACAUCAACUUCACUAAAAGAAGCAUUGGAUACUAUGCUUAGAAGAUAUGGUCUAUCUAUUUCCAAGAUUAGAGGGCAAGGAUAUGAUGGAGCUUCAAAUAUGAGAGGACAAUUUCAUGGGUUACAAAGACUGGUAUUGAACGAAAACCCAUAUGCCUUUUACAUCCAUUGUUUUGCUCAUCAAUUGCAGCUUGUGGUAGUUUCUGUAGCCAAGUGUUGUGGCUCAACUUUUGAUUUCUUCAAUUAUGUCACUUCAAUCGUCAAUGUUGUUAGUGCUUCUUGCAAGAGGAAAGAUCAACUCCUUCAAAGUCAUCAUGAUAAGCUUGUUGAGCAGUUAGAUAGUAGUGCUAUUUUUUCUGGGAGAGGGAAAAACCAAGAAACUAGUCUUGCUAGGCCUGGUGAUACACGGUGGGGUACACAUCACAAAACAUUGGCACGUCUUAUGAUCAUGUGGUCCUCUGUACUGGAGGUAUUGGAGAAUAUUAGUGAAGAUGGAACUGAUGGGGAAAAAAAACUACAGCCUCUGGAUUGA